AUGUUAUCGCUCGCCUACCAGCAUGGUGAAGAUCUCGCCAGCGACGGCCAAGCAGGCUCCGGAGCGAUCUUAUCCGCACGCUGCUUUAAUCGAGCUCGAGCACUUCUUGCUUCUAUGGAACAGGAGAACGAUGACCAAUCCGAUGCAACUAAAGAUAUCAGCAUGAUUCAGGCGUAUCUUCUGUUACAAAUCUGCGCCACAAUGUAUCUUUGCGGCAAAAGUUCAGGAUACGGACCCCAAAUGCAUUCCAAAAUGAUCAUUUUAGCACGCUCCAAAGGGCUUAUGCAACCCAAGAGAAUCGAGUCCUCCGUGGCAGUAUGCCUGGACUCACUAUGGCGAGAAUUCAUCAAGGCCGAAUCCCAUAAACGGACGCUCUUCGCCAUCCAUCAGAUUGAUUCCUGGUGGUAUCAGUUUUGCUCCGUUCCUAGGCUACUCUCCCAUUUGGAGAUUAAGCAUAACUUGCCCUGCCCGGAAGAAUCUUGGACAGCGCCAACUUCAGCGCAAUGGGCACAUGGGCAAUUGCUUCGAGGACAAUCUGGUCCUGACAGCGGCAUGCAAUACGCAGACGCAGUUCGAUGUUUUCUAUCUUCCGAUCGAAAUCUUAACUCGCUCCCACCAUUCGAUCCAUACGGCGCCAUCAAUAUUGCACAAUUCCUAAUCUCAAGCGCCCGCGAAAUCACAGGAUGGUCCACAAUGACGGGUAGACUCAGCGUCGAAAGACUCGAACCCAUAACCUCAUCCCUUGUAGCCCUUGAACCCUUUAUCCGAGCUCAGCCAACCCAACAAACACACGACGACGACAACAACAACAUCAUAAACAUCCACACCUCCCUCUGCGAAGCAACCUGGGAAAUGGCCAUGAUCGAAAUCCAGAUCUGGUCCCCAUCGCACACCGGCGGAAUCGUAGGCGGAAGCGUGGACGCAGUAGUGCGAAUCGCAACGGAUCUUGCACCUUCAUCCUGUGAGGUUCUGAUUGAAUCAAACGGCGUGAUUCAGCCGCACAUUGAUUGGUUUUUGCGGUAUCUUGAUUCUGCUGCUGUGGCGCCGAGCCUUGAAGCACCUUGGAUCACGUUGUAUGCUUAUAAGGCGUUUUUGAUUGCGUGGCAGAUGGUCCGUGGAGGAUUGGCGGGUGCGAUGCAAGCUGUCGGAGUUCGAGAUGGUGAUCUCAAAGGUGCUAUAGUAUGGGCUAAAGAGGUUUUCGGGCGGAGACAGGGAUGGCAUUUGGGGAAGAUUAUUAUGGAUUGUUUGGAUGUUUUGGAUAAUGAGUCGGUUCGUUAA